AUUACACUCACGAAGAAGAAACUUAACAAACAUUGGCGGGUAUCUUUUUAAUACAUCCAUGGGUAGCAGCAGUUCAGUCAGCCGGGAAUGGACGCCGGUAUGUUUGUGAAUCGGUUCGAUGGACAGUCGAGGCUGCUGGUCCGGUCGCUGCUGUCCGGAGCCUCCGGUGUCCACAGAGCGCUGGGUGUCUUCCACAGGCAGCAGCGGGCAAACCCCGGAGUGUCCCUGUCUAACCUGAUGGAAACACUGUGCCGGGACGAAAUAACCUGCCCACAGACUGAUGCCCAGCCUCUAACUGUUAAACCCUUGGUGUGCCUGUUUCCAGCAUUAUUCAAACAAAACCUGCUGUCCUUCAUGUAUCUGGUCCACUCAGUUCUUCCUCAGACUACUGUGCUCCGUGUGCUCGAAUGCCUCAGCCAGGACCCUCAUCCGAGCCCCUGGGUCACCGCUCUGGUUAGACAGCUGGAGAGAAAUCUGAAGGCCCACAAUGAGGAGCCUCUGUUCACUCCACUGUGCACCCACAGACUCAGAGAGCUGUCACAGCGCUUCGCUGGUUUUAGUGAGACCGGCGGGUGGGCCAGGUGCCUCAGCUCUCAAACAGUACAACCUGAAUCUCAGAGUGCGUCUAGUUUAUCAGAACUGGGGACACAAAGGAAAAGGAAAAGCAGCUUUGUCACUCUGGAUUCAGAUGGUGAAGAAACAGGACAGCAGAGUAAACGGAUAAAGAUGGAUGUCUGUGGCAGUGAGCGUGUCGAUGGAGAAGAACAGAGCACAGAUGAGGAGAUAUCAGAAGGAUUAGAGGAUGAUGCUGCAGCAGAGGCACCUGCUAAAGAACUGCAACCAGCACCAUGUGAUGCCCUUCCUGAACAUAUAAAGGUUUCUGUUCUUCAAAUAAAGGAAUUACUGGAAAGUCAGACCGAGUGGGACCAGAACUCCAUGGAUGUGUUCAAAGUGCUGAAUGACUGUGACCCCACUCAAGUGGAGGUGUUAUGUAACAUGCUGAGUUUGCCUGAUUUACCGGAGCAGACUUUGCCUAAACUGUGCAGCAGCGUUCUGGCUCUCUCUCCUGACCUCAGCUACAGUACGGCAGCGACAAUCAUCAAGAGCCUCCUGCUACAGAAGGUCCUGUCCCUGUCAGAGCCAGCCUCCAGAUGUCUGGUCACCACAGUGACAUCAUUCUGUAGCCGCUACACCAGACCAAUGUGCCACGCUCUGAUCGGACCAGUUCUAGAGGAGAAGGACAUAGGGAACACGCAGGCUGAGCUGCUGAACAGACUAAUUGAAGGUUGCCUGGAUUCCCACUACAGACUACUGGUGCUCCAGAUGACAUUCAAAAUCACGUGGAGUGAGGCAGUGCUCUCCAUUAUCCACAGCUUGCUAGACUCCAAGCCUGACUUGAAUGAAGAACUGUUCACACAGUUCACUGAACAGCUUGUUAACCAGAGUCCUCAAUUCACAAAAUCUGUCAAGUUUGCAAAAAUGAUGCUAACAGUCCUCACCAAAUAUAGCAGUCAUGUGACAGCUGCACACAAACACUCCCUGUCUGCUUGCCUGAUGUUAAAUGAGACCUUCCUGAAAAAGUCUCUCCAAGCUGCUUUGAAAAGAAUCACACACACAUGAAAUAUCAUCUGACAUUGUUUAUGUUAAUAAAGUUAUAAGUUAUAAUAUAUAAUAAGUUCUUGGCUUCUUCUGGAAAAUGUUCUGACCUAAAACUGAAGUACCUCAUUUCACCAGUUUGACACUGAAUAAUAACCUUUCUCACUAUAAAAUAUUCCCCUGAGUCUUAAAGAAAAUAUUCCAAAAUGCUGACCUUUGCAUUCCUGACUUUUGUUAACUUAAAAUUUUGGUGUAGCAGUUCAAAGUUAUCCUGCUUUUAUAUUCAUCAUGUGUUGUUCUGGAUAGUUUCCAUUAAAAUUACUGAAAUGUUAACAGAA